CACUCUUGCCGAACACUAGUACUAUCUCCCGCCCCGUAUAAGCCCCUCUCAUACCAUCGCUCUAAGCCGCUUCAUUCGGAUAUGUACGACGACUGGCUGGGCGUGAGGGAUACGUACCACCCUUGACAUGGUAGAAUGCUGACAAGCAGAUACGAAACUCCGAGAAAUCCUUCACGUAGUGGAUAUACCAUGAAUAUAAAGAGCAGAUCAUGUCUGCCCCAGAUUGAUCCGCAGCAGAUCAUUUCUACUCCUUCUUUCUUAUUCUGUACAACUUGAGCAUCAUUAUGAAGUCUGGCUUCGCUCUGGCGGCUCUUGCCUUUGGUGGCAUGAGCCUUGGCCAAACAAGCUCUGCCGUCGAGGUUGACGGCGCUACUACGACACUGGUCAGCAACAUUGACCCUUCAGAUAUCGCAGCUCUUCCUGAACCAUCGAUCCUUGGACCUCCAAUUGGUGUUGUCGAUGCUGUAUCUUCAGCUACAUAUGAUGCGGCUGAAGCGACCGCCGCAGUUCUCGCCUUAGUUGAAGCAGCCACCGAUGCUCAGACCGCCGUCAUGGUUGCUGAAACAAGUGCUAUUGCCCCGACGAAGACACCCGUCGCUGAUGCUACCAUCGAAAAGCGCUCGUACAUUGGUGGCCUCUCUGGCAACGUUCAGCGUCGCGAUACGAGCUAUCCCAUCGAUACCUCAAAAUUUAAUGUUCCCUCUGGGUAUACUCCAGCAUUUAUCAGCUUGCAGGGCUCCACCCAGGCCAAUGGCUACUUGACUUAUAAGACAUUGUCUACUUAUGAUCCUAAGCAAUGUACAGCUGCUUGUGAUAAGAUUAGUUCAUGUCAAUUUGCCAACAUCUACUACGAGAAGGAUCCUGACAGCAAGAACAACCCUGUCGAUGUCAUCAAAUGCUCUCUCUACAGCAUGCCCCAGACUGCCUCCACUGCAACUAACAAAGGACAAUGGCGUGGCUCUUUCCAUGUCUUGGUCACUGGUAGCAACGGAUACAACAAAGCUGCCAAGCCCACUGCUCCUUCUGGCUACUCUCUUGACACUCUUCCAGGCGCUGUCAAUGCACCAGUCUAUGACAGUGCCGGUCAAUGGAGAUUCAUCCAGCCUGUCUACCUCAACUCUUAUGAUCCUGCUCUUUGCGCUGCUGCGUGUGACAAGCAGACUGCGUGGGACAAGUCUCAAGCUCCUGAUGAUUGCAACUACAAGACUUGCGUCUACGCCAACAUGUAUAUUCUAUCCAUGGAUGGAGUGCCAAAGACAGUUGUUUGUGCACUUUACACCGAAGCCACUGACGCGAGCUAUGCCACCAACUUUGGAUACUCGACCGACUCGGAUUCCUACCAGGUUUCCAACUCGAUUGCUUUGACCAACACCACUGCGGUAAAGGCCGGCUAUCCGAAGCUCUGCGCAGCUCUUCCUGGCGAUAUCGAUUACCUGAGCAGCGUUGGCUCUGAGUUCUGCACAAGCUACCUUGGAUACGUGCCCCCAACCGCGACUGCUGUAGCAACUGUAACUCCUGGCGCAACGACAGUCUUUGCAACCGCGACUGAGGAGGUCACCGUCACUUCUGUAUACUCCACAGAGACUGUCCAGGUCACGGGAGCCCCUCAGAAUAAUAAGCGUCAAGAAAGUGUGAACAUUAUCACUACCACGGUCGAGCUACCAUUCAUCACCGUUAGCGACAACGAGACCAUGAUCGACUACAUGACCAGCGUUUUGACAGUCAAUGCUGCUUCUACUGCUGGUGCUAGUAUCACACCUGCGGCAGUCGAUCCCGCAGCAUCAAUUGCAGCCCUCGCAAAGCGUAGUGCUAUCCCCACUCCCUCUUCCAUCGUCGGCUGGCCAUCCCAGAAGAUCUCGUCUGCUUGCUCUCAGAUCGCCACCGGCACCAUCACGGUCACGCAAACCGCCACAGCCUCCGGCUCUGUCGUGACAGCCACGGACGCCACAGUAGGCGCAACAACAGUAACCUCCAUCGUCUCCACUAUCACCAUCACCGUAGGCGACAGUGCAAGCUCCACCACCAGCGAGACUUCCUCUCCUACUUCCGCGCCCGUAUGUCCCAAGACUUCUGGCUCUCAAGGCCAACUAAGUCUCGGUGGCUAUUCUCUAGGCUUCCCCACUCCUAUCGACUUUAACCACGAUCCCAUCCUCUGGACCUCCCUCGGCUCUUUCGGCGACGAAUUCAUCUACGACACCACAGGCUCCUUCCUCUACCACCUCGACACUGGUUACUGUCUCGCCCUCGGCGCCGCCACAGCCUCCAAGACCCCAAAAUACAAGGAUAGCCCUUUGACUUUGAGUGAAUGUUCUUGCUCCACCAGUGGCUCAGAGACGCAAAGUUUCGUCUUCAAAACGUACAACGUUGGCAAGGGAAAGAACAAGACUACAAAGAGUUGUCUUGCGGCUCAAGGUGAUUACGCGAGUGGGAAGGGACCUUAUUUCCCUAAAUUGACGGAUUUGGGUGAUGACGAGUAUCCUUUCUCUGCUACUUAUGCGGGGACCAAGUUGGAUGCUUGCAUUACUUUUGAGGUGGAUGCUUAAAGUAAGACGUGUUAUAGGAUAUUAGGGUUGAAUACAUAAGAGUGUUUCUCUGUUCUUGUUCUUGUUUGCUGGGAGGAUCAUUUGUUUUUAGCAUGAAUAUAAAUUGCAUGGUUCUGUCAUAGAUUCGAGUCGUUUCAAGAUGUCUUUUUGUGCGAAUGCCAUGGGGCUGGUUCUGAAUUAAACCUUGAGACGUAGCCAUAACAUGGACUCAUGAUUUCAGUCAUGCUUGUACUCUGAUAGUCUCGUGCUCUUGCGCAGAUCAAGGCAGUCCAAGAAGGUGUUCAUAGAGCAGCGCACGUGAAUUUGUCGCAGAAGCAAAUAGAAGCACUGUCUGAGUAUUCGCCAUGACCCGUUUGCAUAUCCCUAAUCACAACAAUCUAUCUACAUCUCCCAAAGCUGGUGUACAUCCUUGUUGUA